UAUGAUGCUAAAAUGAGCGGUAUUUUAGUUGGUAUGAUAUUUUAUUUGGUUAGAAGAGGGGAAAUAUGAUAAUUAAUAUAAAUUUAUUAAUAUAUUAAAACGGAUCUAUGAUAGAGGGUAAUUUGGGUGAACUAAUUUGGGGAAGUGUGGAACUGACUCUAAAUGUUCUUUUAUUGGAUAGAAUGAGGGUGCCUUAAAAAAUGCCAUCUUAGGGAGUAUUGAGAUUGUCACUCAUUCGUGAGUAGAAUAAUUACUCAGACACCUAGGUAUAAUGGUGUACCUUAGUUAGGUGAGAUAUGUAGUAGCCUCACUACUUAUCCCAGAUAUUUAUAAAUGCUUUCGUAAUAUUGAAGAUCCACUUCAAUUUAUAUACGGAUGCUUUAUGUUCUUCGAUGUCCUAGUUAUCUUAGAAAUGAUAACAAAUACAGAUACUAUCUUGGCUGCCACAUUUCUUUUACGACUACUACGUAUCCUUCAAAUAUUCCAUCAAAUAAUGAAGGCUGCCAUGACUAUUAAAUUCAAGAAGUUUAUCUAAUAAUCUCCUUCUCCUGUAAUUAAGUUGUCUUAAGUAUCUCCCCCAUAAUCCAUGAUUACUACUAAAGCCAACUCUCAUGAAGAAGAAUUAGAAGUAUUAAAUCCACCUAAAAAACUAUCCCAUCCAUGUCUUUACUAAUUCAAUAUCAGAACAUCCAAAAAUUCUAUUGUCACUAUUACUACUCAUGAUAUAACCUAAUUAGACUCUCUUCUUGAUAAUCAAUUAUGUCUUGACAAAAGAACCUUACUUAAUAUCAAGUUAAAUCUUUGUCUUAAAGCAUAUAAUCAAAAUAAUAUUAAAAAACUAUCCACAUCUAAAUUAUUACUCAAUCAGAUUGCUUAAUAUUAGGCUGAGUUAAUAUUCACUCAUUCAUGAAUUAGUUAAACC